GCCGUGGGGACCCUGCCGUUGAUGACACCUGGCCGGAGGCUGCGAUGGAGGGGGACGGUUCAGAGCCGCCGGUCACCAUUCGGAAUAUCGAAAGGGAGCUCAUUUGCCCGGCGUGCAAGGAGCUGUUCACGCACCCGCUGAUCCUGCCUUGCCAGCACAGCAUCUGUCACAAGUGCGUGAAGGAGCUCUUCCUGACGCUGGAUGACGGGCUCAACGAUGUGGCGUCCGACACCUCCAACCAGGGCAGCCCCCGCUUCCGGCUCGCCUCCCCCAGCAUGGACAAGAUUGACAGAAUCAGCCGGCCAGGCUGGAAGCGCAACUCCUUGACUCCUAGGACGACUUCUUUCCCUUGUCCUGGCUGUGAGCACGACGUGGACCUUGGAGAACGAGGGAUCAGUGGCUUGUUCCGUAACUUCACCUUGGAGACGAUCGUGGAGAGGUACCGGCAGGCGGCUCGGGCGGCCACGGCCAUCAUGUGUGACCUCUGCAAGCCGCCCCCCCAGGAGUCCACCAAGAGCUGCAUGGACUGCAGUGCCAGCUACUGCAAUGAAUGCUUCAAGAUCUACCACCCAUGGGGCACCGUGAAGGCGCAGCACGAAUACGUGGGCCCCACCACCAACUUCAGGCCCAAGAUUCUCAUGUGCCCGGAGCACGAGACGGAGAGGAUCAACAUGUACUGUGAGCUGUGCAGGAGGCCCGUGUGCCACCUCUGCAAGCUGGGGGGCAACCACUCCAAUCACCGCGUCACCACCAUGAGCAGUGCCUACAAGACGCUGAAGGAAAAGCUGUCGAAGGACAUUGACUACCUCAUUGGCAAGGAGAGCCAGGUGAAGAGUCAGAUUUCCGAACUCAACUUGCUAAUGAAAGAGACGGAGUGCAAUGGCGAGCGGGCUAAGGAGGAAGCGCUCACGCAUUUUGAGAAGCUCUUUGAAGUUCUGGAAGAGAAGAAGUCUUCUGUUCUGAAAGCCAUCGAUGCCUCCAAGAAACUCCGCCUGGACAAGUUUCAGACCCAAGUGGAAGAGUACCAGGGCCUUCUGGAGAACAGUGGGCUGGUGGGCUACGCCCAGGAAGUGCUCAAGGAGACGGACCAGUCCUGCUUCGUGCAGACGGCCAAACAGCUGCAUCUCAGGAUACAGAAGGCUACCGAGUCCCUGAAGAGCUUCCGGCCUGCUGCCCAGACUUCUUUCGAAGACUAUGUGGUUAACACCACGAAGCAGACGGAACUCCUGGGGGAGCUGUCCUUCUUCUCCAGCGGCCUGGACGUGCCUGAGAUAUGCGAGGAGCAGAGCAAGAUUUACAACAGCGCCCUGAUCACGUGGCAGCACCCCGAAAAGGGGAAAGCCGACAGCUACGUCCUGGAGUACCGCAAGGUGGACAGAGAGGAAGAGAUGGUGCCGUGGAACCAAGUGGAGGUGUGCGGCACCAGCAAGGUCGUGUCUGGCCUGGACGACAACUGCAGCUACGCCUUCCGAGUGCGCGCCUACCGGGGCUCCAUCUGCAGCCCCUGCAGCAGGGAGCUGCUUCUGCACACACCGCCCGCCCCAGUUUUCAGUUUCCUCUUUGACGAGAAAUGCGGCUACAACAAUGAACACCUCUUGCUGAGCCUGAAGCGGGACCGGGUGGAGAGCAGAGCCGGGUUCAACAUCCUGCUCGCUGCCGAGCGUAUUCAGGUGGGCUACUACACGACGCUGGACUACAUCAUCGGCGACGUUGGCAUCACCAAGGGCAAGCACUUCUGGGCCUUGCGCGUGGAGCCGUACUCUUACCUGGUGAAAGUGGGCGUGGCCUCCAGCGAUAAACUGCAAGAGUGGCUCCGCUCGCCUCGGGACACGGCCAGCCCACGAUAUGAGCAAGACAGCGGCCAUGACAGCGGAAGUGAAGAUGCAAGCUUUGAUUCUUCACAACCUUUUACCUUGGUCACCGUCGGCAUGAAGAAGUUCUUUAUACCCAAGUCACCGACGUCCUCUAAUGAGCCUGAAGACAGAGUUCUGCCCAUGCCCACAAGCAUAGGGAUCUGCCUGGACUGUGACAAAGGCCAGGUGAGCUUCUAUGACAUGGAGCACAUGAGGUGCCUGUACGAACGGCCCGUGGACUGCUCGCACACCAUGUACCCAGCCUUCGCACUGAUGGGCAGUGGGGGGAUCCAGCUGGAAGAGCCGGUCACAGCCAAGUACUUGGAAUACCAAGAGGUCAUGUAGCUUGAACCCCUGCGGUGACUGGGAUGAGAACCGCAAGCAAAGCCAUGCCUUGUGUCGCCUGGUAACCAAUUACAGAUCCUCUCCACGCUCUGUGUCGUGUACGAUUCUUACACCGUGGAAGACC